GGUGUUACUGAAGUAAAUGAACAACCACAGAAUGAUAAGGAAGUGAUAGCAGAAGUAUCAGCCGUUGAUAUAUCUGACUCUGUAAUAGACCAGCAAAAUAAUAUUAACACUAAGUCAAUAGAAGAUAAGGAAAUAGGUAAUUUUAUUCUGAUUCAGUUAUAG